AUGUUAUUUCGUUUUUUGAAUUUAUUGAUUUUUUAUUCGCUAGCUGCUCAAGUGGUGUCUGACGAUCCAUACAAUUGUGCUGGAACCCAAACCAUCAACCCACCAGUCGACACCACAAAAUCUUGGUUCUACCCUGCAAACUGGAAUGACACUUUGCCAACGCCUCAAUUCGCCGGGAACCAAAAUUGUGUUUGGACUAUAAAUGUUCCCAAAGGAUGGUUCGCCAGUUGGACAGUUACUUCCAACACCAGGAGUUCAGUCAUAAAAAUGACCGAUUCGACAGGAUAUGUAACAACGCUCACAGUUGCCUCCGAAGAUCUUUACUUUUUGAUGGAUCCUUCGUUUAAGGUUGAAUUGCAAGCCAGUGAUGUUGGACAGUUGGGAAUGCAGGUUACAUGGACCCAAGUCAACCCGAAACUCUAUCCAUCAACCUCAAAAGUGCACCAAAAUUCUCUCCCACUCUCUCUUUUCGGAGGAGACUUUGAUAACUCUACCGUAAUCACCGCGGACACUCAAGUCAGUCUUCUUGCCUUCCCAUCAAACAUUCUCGAUUUUCUUCCAUAUUUGCGAGUUACUCAAGUCUACGAUGGAGAUUCUAUAAAUGCAAAACAUGUUGGAAACUUGUACCAAAUUAUGGAUUCUAGAACCAAUUUCGUGUCCUCAGGGAAGUCUCUCACUUUAUUCUCCCUGUUCCCUGGACUGAAUACUCAUAACUUGGUCCUUCUCCAAGAUUAUUCCGAUGUGAAGCAAUUCAAAUCUUAUCAACCGAUCUAUUGCGUUCUUCCGAUCAAUUGUGCUGCUUCCUUGAAUGCAACUCAAGGCAACGCCGUUGCCAUUCGCUACUGGCCAACGUUUUAUAUCACAAGGAUUGAUAUGGCAACUGAUAACAAGCUUUCAGUCUAUAACGGAUAUCUUGGAGAUGCUCACAAAUUGACAGACUAUACGUAUGAGCUAUUCGAGAGAUGUAAAAAAUCCAUAAUGAAUGAUUUUAGAUCCGCUAAUUCGAAGACAGAUCUUCCACAAGAAUUCAACGGGAAAUUUACCGUAUUUGUUCUCGACAAGGGAACUGCUACCAUAACGUUUUCUGGAAAUUCUCAAAGUGCUAAUUGGACAGCUGGAUUCGACGGACGUAAUGGAUUUUUGGCGUCGGCAAACUAUGGAUUGAUGAGCAAUGAACAAUCUCUAACUGAUCAAAUCUUCUCUUCUUCACUUUCUGAUAUCACCUAUUCUUUCAACAGCGCUUCUCUUCUUGGAAAUGCUACUCUCACCGUUCUCAUCAAGGAUGGACAGAAAGUUUCACAAGAUAAUACUUACACUGCAUCAGGGGCAAAGUCUGGAACCGUCACGUCUACUGGAACAUCUCUAACUGUCAUGUAUGAGACAAGCGGAACAGUCACUUCUGGUCCAUAUGUCAGAUUCACAUUUGUGAAACAUAAUUCUGCUAUUGGAAGUGGAAUCCUGUUAGCGGUUGGAAUUUCGUUAUGGAGAAUGUUGGCAAUCUAA